CUAACUCAAUAGACACUUAUUUUCUUGUUCCUCAUAUGUUUCAGGUUUCUUGACAAGGCAUUAAUGGCUACUGCAUCUGAAAAUUCCAAGAAAGGUUGGGUAGUAUGUAGUGUAAAUCAAGUGGAAGAAGCAAAGGCAUUACUAAGGUUGGGUCCAAUAUGGAUUACUUGUUUAGUAUAUGCAAUUGUGUAUGCACAAUACUCCACAUUCUUCACCAAACAAGCAGCCACCAUGGACAGAAAAAUUGGAUCAUUAGGGUUCCAAAUACCACCUGCAUCCCUUCAAACCUUUAUUAGCCUCUCCAUUCUUAUCUUCAUCCCUAUCUAUGAUCGCGUCCUCAUUCCAAUUGCCCGAGCUUUUACCAAUAAACCCUCUGGCAUAACAAUGCUACAAAGAAUAGGUAUUGGAAUAUUUUUAUCUAUGAUCGCCAUGGUGGUAGCAGCAUUAGUUGAGAGGGAAAGGCUUCAAAUUGCCAUUGAGGCCAAGAUAGUGGAUAUACCAGAAGCAACAGUUCCUAUGAGUGUUUGGUGGUUGGUUCCUCAAUACAUCUUAUUUGGAAUUGCUGAUGCCUUCACAAGGGUUGGUAUGCAAGAAUUUUUCUAUGAUCAGAUGCCCAAAUCUUUGAGGAGUGUUGGUCUUGCCCUUUACCUCAGCAUCUUUGGUGUAGGAAGCUUUCUAAGUAGCUUCCUUAUCUCUGCCAUUGAGACCUUAACGGGUGAGAAUGGCCAGGGCAGUUGGUUCCCUAACAAUCUUAAUAGAGCUCAUCUUGAUUACUUCUACUGGCUUCUUGCUGGUCUAAAUGCUCUUGGGUUGAUUUUUUAUUUGUAUUUUGCCAAAUCUUAUGUCUAUAAUAGAGGAUAAAUUAUAUAGACUUUUGGU